CAUUAAGGGCAAUAAUAAUAUAUGGAAUUGGAGGAAUCUAGUGUAAAAACUGAACUUUUAAUGGAUAGGUUAAACUCUGCUGAUGACAGUGAAAGCACAGAACAGACGAAGGAAGAUGAAAGUACAGAAAAGACACGAACUGGAGAGAAGUUUGAUGACAAAUUACCAGGCAGCAGUGGCAGUGAUGACAAAAUAGAAAGUGCAACUGGCAAUACAGACACAGCGGAAGGAACAGGAGAUGCCAUGUAUGACAAUGGGGACCAGGAGACAGGAGCCAGUCACAGCAACUGUGAACAUGAGGAGGGGAUAAGAACAUCAGAGAGCGCUGAGCCAGAAACCAGGGUCACCAGUGAGGCUGAAGUCGGCCAAGAGGUUCGAGACGAGCUGCUGGACAGCAAAAUGUUUGACCAGGAGGAAUCAGGAGACUCCCACCUCCUAACUAGGGAGACACUAUCCGGUGAGGAAGGCCGGCCGUUUACAGAAGUAGGCACUGUGAUGGGGAAGGGGGCCCUUAGCGUAAGCCCCAGCACACCUGAGCAGAAGGGCUGCCUGGUGGAGGAGGUCCAGGGGAGCGAGCUGAGCUACGAGGAGAGCAAGAGGGAGCUGGAGGAGCUUCAGGCCGAAAGGGAUCAGCUCAGCCAGCUGAACGGGCAGUUUCAGGCAAAGCUGGCGGAGUAUUUCCUCCAGAGGAGGGGAGAGGAGGAGCAGACUGAGAGGAGCGAUGGGCACCGUUACCUCGUCUUCACCUCCCACAUACAGGAGAUCAGGCAGCAGCACCAGCAGCACAAAGAGCACUUUGGGAGGCAAGAGGAGGAGCUGCGGCAGCAGGUGCAGGAGAGCCUUCGCCAGGCAGAGUUGGAGUGGCAGGUCCUCCAGGCCCGGAAGCAGGAGGUGGCAGGACCAGCGUUGGCCUGGCAUCUGGGUAAGGAAUCUGCAAAGGCCCAGAUGGAGCAGAUCCAGGCAGCCGAGCGGCACAAGGAGAAGGAGCUGGCGCGUGUGCGCCUGGAGAACAUCAAGCUGAAGGCGGGCAUCGCCAAGGGUGAGAGAGCACUGUCUGCCAAGAAGGGGCUGGCGGAGGGGCUGCACAUCCUCGACUUCGAGCAGCUGAAGCUGGAGAACCAGACGUACAGCGAUAAGGUCGAGGAGCGAGACGAGGAGAUUCUGAAGCUGCGUAACAAGAUCGCGGGCGCCGUGCGCGUGCUGACGCAUGUGAAGGAGAAGCUGCAGUGGGUGCAGAUGGAGAACCGAACGUGGCGCUCGCAGCUGGCAGAGAUGGAGGCGGCGGUGGCACGGUCACGUGACUCUCUGACACGCGCCAAGCGGGCUCGGGACAGGGUGCGGGCAGACAACCUGCGGCUGCACCAACGCAGCGGGCUGCUGGGGAACAGCGUGCUGCUGCGAGACAUGGAGGAAAGGGUGGGCGAUGUCAUGGCGCUGGAGCUCAGGCUGGGGGCGCUGAAGAGCAGGAACUGAAAGGAGGAAGACGGAGCAGGUCUGGGACACACCGUAGUGGGAUGAACAGGCAGGCAGACAGAUAGACACACACACACACACACACAUGUAAACUGUCACAUAUACAGGCUUUCAGAUCUAUUCCUGUUGGACUAAUAUUUACCAUCACGGGUGUUGUUAGAGAUUUUGGGCCCCAUGAAAGCAUAUCAUAUUGGGCCCCAACCCAGCCCAAUUGUAUUUUAGGGCCCUUGUCACUCAGGGGCCCUUGGAAUCAUCAAAUGCUUAAAUAUUAAAAAGGUGAUUUGUAAUUCAAUGCAGUUUAUUUUAAAAUUUGUUUUUUGUAACAGAUUGAGUGGUAGCUGAAUCCUCAGCAAAGAUGGAUUCCUUUGCAGUACAUUGCAGUUUAACACAGCAAACAGCAUGUUCAACAGUGAGAUUUCCCCCAGAUGUGUAAGACAGUUACAAGAUGAUUAUAGAAGAAUAAAAGACAAACUUGUGUCUCUCACUCUG